AUGGUUGAAUCAAUUGGACAGUUUGGACCAGGUCUCAAGCCACCAAGUUAUCAUGAGUUAAGAGUGCCUUUACUUGAGAAAGCAAAGAAAGAGACAGAUAAAUUAAAAGAAAAACAGGAGAAAGCUUGGAAACAGUAUGGCUGCUCACCAAUGUCCGAUGGAUGGACUAAUAAGAGGGGUAGACACCUAAUCAAAUUUCUUGUUAAUUGUCCAGAAGGGACAUUCUUCUUGAGUUCAGUUGAUGUUUUAAGUAAAAUUCAGGAUGCAAAAAUGUUGGCUGUUUUAUUUGAGCAGCAGAUUAAUUUGAUUGGAAGAGAGAAUGUCGUUCAAGUUGUGACAGAUAAUGGUGCUAACUUUAAGGCUGCCAGAGGUUUAUUGUGUCGUCGGAUUCCUACACUUUUUUGUACUUCUUGCGCUGCACACUGCAUAGACUUGAUAAUGGAGGAUAUUUGCAAGCUAAAGGAACUUGAUGCUACUAUUACACAUGGUAGAAGUUUAACCACUUUUGUGUACAGGCAUGGUCGACUCCUAGCUGCCAUGAGGGAGAAGACACAAGGAAGGGACAUUGUUAGAGCUGGAGCUACAAGAUUUGCUACAGCUAUUCUUACUUUACAAAGCUUGCACAAAAACCAAGAUGUCUUGAGAAAAUUGUUUGGCAAUGAAGAAUGGUUCAAUUCCAAACUAGCUAAAACAGUGGCAGGAAAGAAAGUGCAUUCUUUUGUUCUAUCAACAAAGUUUUGGAGUACUGUCGAAGAUUGCAUUCUAGCAUCAAUACCACUUUUACAGGUAUUGAGGGUUGUUGACGGAGAUGAAAAGCCGGCUAUGGCGGAUCUUUGUGCAGCAAUGUACUUUGCCAAAGACAAGAUGAAACUUGGACUUGAGAAAAAAAAAGGCUUUUAG